AACACGCGCAGAUACACCAGAGCCCCUCUUACUGUAGCGUGACUGUAAGGUGUAGUGGAAGCUCUGCUCUGUGCUGACUGAUCAUUGGACUGAUUGUGGACAUUUGAACUACGCUGCAGUCAUGAUGGGCAGAAACUGAAUGUAUAGAACAGAUUUUUUUCUGACUUUAGGCCAGAACACAAACAACAACAGGAGCAUCUAAACCAGAAAGCUGCAGGACAACAGUCUGACUUCAGGUCAGCUAACACAGAGUGACCAUGGACCCGAGGAACACCCCAUCCUAAAUUCAGCAGAGGCCACGCCCAUCAUGGAUGAACUGGAUGUCGGGGAAGAUGGCAGGAAAGAAACACUGCUGCACCGACCUGGCUUCCCCGAGGCAGACACCGCUCUGUUAUACCCCCCUCCCCUGUCCCCGGACCCAAUCAGCCCGCUGACUCACCUGGGGACGCUGCCGUCCGGACACGAUGCAACACGGACGGGUGGAUGGGACAGGAGACUGAACUCAGGGUUUCAAGGCUGUCAGUUACUGGGAACAUCAGCAGAACUAGGACGAGAAGCCCACGCAGACCAGAGUGUCACCAUCCUGCACGCCAAGGUCGCUCAGAAGUCCUACGGCAAUGAGAAAAGAUUCUUCUGCCCUCCUCCUUGUGUUUACAUCACUGGCCAUGGAUGGAAAGUCACGCAGGACCAUUUAAAGGCGGCCGGUUAUGGCGACUCUGUGUUUCGAGUGUGUGGUUACAUGUGCCUGGACAGCUCCAGCCAGUCACAGGCAGACGCAUUCAAACUGGUGUUCGAUGAACAGCCAAACUCCAGGCAGAUGUUCGCUUGCGCCAAGACGCUGUUCAUCUCUGAUCAGGACAAGAGGAAGCAUUUCUGCUUGCUGCUGCGCCUCUUCUUGGGCAACAGACAGGAAGUGGGUUCGUUCCAGAGCCGGAUGAUCAAAGUCAUCUCCAAACCCUCCCAGAAGAGACAGUCCAUGAAGAACGCUGAUCUGUGUAUCUCAUCCUGCUCCAGGGUGGCUUUGUUUAACCGUUUACGCUCUCAGACCGUCAGCACUCGUUACCUCUCGGUGGACAGAGGAGCUUUCAUAGCGAGCGCCAGACACUGGACGGCCUUCACCAUCACCAUGGUGGAUGACCAGUGUGCUGAGCAAGGAGGCUUUGUGCUGAGCGAAGGCUUCAUCUGUUACGGCUGUGUGGUCCAGCUAGUGUGCACCGAGUCUGGAGCAGCUCUGCCACCCAUGGUGAUCCGAAAGGUCAACAAGCAGCACGCCAUCUUAGACGUGGACGAGCCCGUUUCUCAGCUCCAUAAGUGCGCCUUUCAGUUCAGAGACAACCCUCACGCCUAUCUGUGUCUAACCAACGACGCCAUCAUACAGUACCAGGCCCCGUUCAGCGUCAGAGAUCCCAGCAAAGUGGUGCUGAAUGACGGGUCCUGUUGGACCAUCAUCGGGGUGGAAGUCGUAGAGUUCACCUUCAAUCAGGGUCUAGCUUGUAUCACGACACCAGUUAGCCCAUUUCCUGUUGUCACUGGGUUAGAGGUGAACGGUGGAGGGCACGUCGCCAUGCUGGAAAUUCACGGAGAAAACUUCACUCCUCAUCUGAAAGUCUGGUUCGGCAACGGCGAAGCAGAGACCAUGUACAAGUCUCCCAAAUCUCUGCUCUGCGUCGUUCCCGAUGUUUCGGUUUUCAGCGACGGCUGGCGCUGUCUGCGGCGCGUCAUCACCGUCCCUCUGUCUCUCGUCCGACUGGAUGGACUGAUUUACCGCACCUCCUACAGUUUCACCUACACGCCUGAGCUCCAGCCGCCCCCGUCGGCCCGAAUGACAGCCGGAGGAGGGAAGAGAGAAGGAGGGAUGGGUGGAGGACAAGACGAUGACAUCCUGUUGGAGACCAUCCAUCAGGAGUUCACCAGAGCCAAUUUUCACCUCUUCAUGCAGAGUUAGUUCGUUUGGAAUCACAGAAAUCAAAGUGUACAAAUAGCUGAACUGGAGACAGGUGUGACAUCAUAAUUACCUUCCUUCCAUCUGCUCUGCACAUUAAAAUUAAAGUGUUUUCUUCAAGCUCAGUAAGAAAGCAAAAUCUUAUGUUUACAUGGGUACGAGUGCACACGAAAGAAAACAGGUUCCUCGGUCACGUGACUGAAACUAACGCGACACUUUUCAUAUCUGUGAUUUCUAAUCGAGGCUUCAGCACAAAGUUCUUUGACAGAAAUUGUAUAUUUUAAAAGCCUUUAAUAGCUUUAGACAAGUGUGAACAGGAAACAGGAGAUGAAAUGGAAAAAAAAGAAUGGCUGACGCCCCCUGAUGUCACUGAUGUCUCUCUGUUGAAGCUUCCACGUAAGCAGUUCGACCUCAGCCUCAUUUUGGAGCCAGAUGUGAUCACAUCUGUUAAUCUGCUUACCUGCUAAUUAGUGACAGACUAAUAAAAAAAGAGACGUUUCAACACCAAAACUGAAGCACAGACUUGGAUGUACAGCUGUGUUGAUCUCAGUGGAUCAGCAGUAUGAUGAAAACACGCUGGCAGGAAGAAGUCUUGACAUUAAUAAAAAUAAAUCACUAGAUCCUUGCAUAUGUGAGUUUAAGGAAAUUUUGUUUUUUUAUACAUUUCUUAGGUAAUAAAGGCAACCAUCCAAAAUAAGAACAGAUAAAACCUGAGCUUUCAUCACAUCUGAAUAUUUUCAUGUGAUCAUUUAAAGAAGAUCAGCUGCAGCUGCCCACAGGCCGAUAAAGAGACUUUCACCACAGAGUCUACGAAGGACACUGAACAUUAAACAUCACUUUAUCAGUGUUCCUGGUUUUGAAGUGCAAAUGAGUGCUGAGUGUGAGCAAACACACUGUGAGUUAUGACUGAGUUUUGCAGCCACCAGAGAAACACUGUGUGUCCUGUAUGAUGUGUUCAGGGUCUCUGUGGCAGUAAAACCUUCAAUAUGAUUCAAAAAUGAAAAGGAUCACAGUGAAGGGGAGGAUGUGUUUAUCUCAUGGAUGGAUGUGAGUUGAGAGAUGUGUGCUUCCCAAAUUUUUUUGAACCCAAUAUUCUGUGACAAACUGUCUGGGUGUCAGUCUCUCACUGGAUGUGUGUGAAUGUUAAUCAUAAUAUAUUAAACCCACAGGAAGAAUUACAGUUCAAGUUAUCAAAGUGUCAGCAGAGGCGCUGCUCUGCUGAGUGAUGGACAAAAGAAAUAUCUGAGUGUAGAAAAGUCAAAACAAUAAAACCUGUUGUCAAAUAAUCAAAUAGAACAAGGCCCGUUUGUUCUAUAAAUCUAAAAUCUUGUGAAAAUAUUAUUCUGUGUUACAUGUCACACACCAGUGAUAUUUCCAGCAUUUUAUUCCCAAUAGAGCAGCACAAACGGGACUAAGACCAAGGUGGAGGAGAGUGGAGACCCACAGGCAAUCAGAAUAUUAGACAAGAAAUCAUUUGGUACAUUUUUUUACUUCAGUAUUAUUUCAAGUUGUUUAGCAUUAAAAUGUAUUAUUUUAAAUAACUCAAGGACAAAGUUAUACAGAAUAAUAUGCAUUUCAAUAAUGAAUUGUAUCUUAAUGCAUAGGUGCAAAAUCAUUGAGAAAUCAAACAUGUGGAUUAUUAAAAAUGACAUUUCCAUAUUGGAUCAGAAACGUCCAGAGUUAACGGUGAUGUGAAACAGCUGGAGAUGUUCAGAUGUUCACUGGGAGCGAGCAGGAUUAGAAAUAAGUCCGCCACCUCAGAUCGAGCAAAGUUAGAGGCUGAGAUGAUUUGGACAUGUGCUGAGGAGGGAGGGUGGAUACACUGGACUAAACACGCUGGAGAUGGAGCUGCCUGCAGGAGGAAAAGAUGAAGAACAGAGAGAAGAUUCAUGAAGGUAGAAAAAGAGGAGCAUGCUAUGGGUCAGGUCAGAAGGAGGCAGAUGAUCUGCCGUGGUGAUUCCCACAGCAAAAGAAGAAGAAAGUUAAUAAUAGACUCUAAGUGGACGUUCAUCACACAGUCAUCAUUUAGUUUUACUGAUUCUGAUCCAGUCUGGGGCUUUUCUCUGUAAACUCUCCAGCUGCUCCACCUCCAAUCACACAGAUGGGGUAAGGUUCACCGGUGACUCCAAGCUGACCGUAAGUGUGAAUGGUUGUCUGGCCCAGCGACAGCCUGUCUGCAGUGUCUCAGCCGGGUAUAGGUUCCAGCCCCCCACGACCCUGACAUGGAUAAGCAGACUGGAAUUUGACUGUUUUUCAGGGGUAAAUGGGUUUAUGUGUUCCCUUUUGUAGUUUGAACUGUGUGUGAUCUUCUGUUGCACCACACAUUAGAAGAUGUAAGCAGCACGGUGAUGACAGCCUCCCUCACACUUUAAUCUUCAUUCUUAUUUUGUUAAUCGAGUUAAUCAAAGUGUCAGGUUACGACUGAAGUCACCAAACCAGCAAAUCUGAUUUCACUUGACUUGUUUCUACACUUUGUUCCUGCUGCAUGUUUGAUUCUUGGAAGUAAAAUUACAAGUAAUUAAAUUUGGGCUGAAAAGAACAACCAAAAGCUCUUUUGUUCCCACCAAGUGAAGCAGGUGAUCAUGACAGAGGCAUGGCAGGACCUCCCGCAUCGCCGUAUCGCUCUGUUGUAAACCCCAAAGUUCAUUCUUUUCAGCCUUCGCAUACUUCUCAUUCUUAACACGGCGACUUCUCCUCAGUUCGGGCGUUAUCUGUGGAAGCUCAUUCUUCACUGAGAUUAAGCAACAAUCCAAAAAACACAAGUCACCUGAUUUAAUAUGCGUGGAGAGGAGAUAAGCUGGAGCUUAUUCAUAUUUGUUAAAGCUGCAUCGCUGCAGUGAUUUCUCCCCGCCUGCAGUUUCUUUUUAUCUGAGUGGAAAUGUGACUUCACUGCACCUGUUCUGAAGAACAGCAGGCAGAUAUUAAUCUGAUGACCUGAGAGGAACUCAGCAACAAUGUGUGUGAGAGAGAGAGCUCCACAAAAACAAGAUGUGAAGAGAGGGAGGGUCGAGAAACCCAGAGACCACCAGACCUUCGUACACGACCAACCGGCCAGUCACAACGCAGACUGCUCCUACAUCAUAUUCCGCUUAAAAAUCUGUUUCUACACUAAUAAUCACUUUAUAUGUUCCCCUUAUAGUUCACUGUAAAUGUCUCCCUGCACUACAGGCAGGAAUUAAAAACAAAGAAACAAAUUAAUUUACUGUUUUUGAAUG